CCAGGUGUGAAUUAAUGAUUUGAAAGCAGCUGAACAAUGGAGCCAGACAUCAUUCGAAGGUACUCUUCAUCCCCACCACCACUAGACAACGGAGCAGAGGAUGAUGACGGUGAUGAGUUUGGGGAAUUUGGUGAGUUUUCAGAAGUUAGCCCUUCUGGUGUAGGAUUUGUUGAUUUUGAUACACCAGAUUAUAUUCGUCCCAAGGAAGAGUUUGUUCCUUCAAACCAUUUUAUGCCAAUUCAUGAUUUCUCAGAAAAUGUAGAUAGCCUUACAAGAUUUAAGUCCAUUAAAAAUGGUAACGAUAAGGACAUCACUACCGAACUUUCUACUCCUGUGAAAGGGCAGUCUGAUGUUUUACUUUCUAACACCAGCAAAGAAAUAAUUUCAUCCAAAACUUUAGAUACUUCCAUUGAUGUCAUGGAAAAUCUAGGAAAUUUAAAUAACGUAGUGGAGCAGGGACAGAAUGUUGGAACACCUGAAAGUUUCUCUCCAGGAGAUUUUAGACCUGAUAUGAAUGUUGUUCAUCAAAACAAGCGGUUAGAGAGCUGCAACGGUGAAAAGCCUCCUUGUCUGGAGAUUCCAACAACUGGGUUUGCAGUGUUGGAAACUGUAAAUCUUCAGGGAACAGAUGAUCUGGACAAUGUAGCUGAUUCAAAGGGACAGAAGCCUCUUAGCGCUCAUAGUACUGAGUAUAAUUUAGACUCUGUACCUAGCCCUGCCGAGGAACUUGCAGAUUUUGCCACAUUUUCUAAAAAGGAAAGGAUACAACUAGAAGAGAUGGGACAUGCAGUUUUAAACGAUAGAGAAGCUCUAACCAUUCAGGAAAACAAUAAAAUUAACACAGUCAAUGAACUGCAUUCUGUAAAAGAACUGUCUUUGGGUAGAAGCUUUGACAAUGAAGGAGACACUGAUGGAAAGGAUCAAGUUUGCGGUUUAGAAAUCAGCGUCAUGACUAAUGGAAGUCUUAGUGUUGAAAAACAAGGCCUUUCAACACUGCAACAGGAUGAAUUUUUCAAUUCGAGUGUUCAGUCAAAGGCCAGGAGUUUGAUAGACUCAGCUGAUAAUUCAGAAGCCAUUAAGAGAGAACAACAUAAAACUGAAGAAAAAUCUGAUUUAUUUACUUCUAAAUGUGCUGACCUAUGCAUGGAUUCUAUUAAAACUUCUGAUGCUGAUGAUGAAGAAGAAAGUAUAAAGUUUACUAAUUUCCAAAGCCCAGACAUUGGUCCCACAGAAGAAAAUGUUUUGGAUGAUUCUAUACAUGUAAAAAAUGGAGACAGUAGUAAUGACUUUGUAACUUGCUGUGAUACCAAUGAGGACAAUUUGGGUGACUCUGGCACAGCCAGCGGCACAACUCCACCUUUGGUUACUGGUACUCAAGAUUCAGUGAGUGAUGCCACUUUUGAAGAGUCCUCAGAGCACUUUCCAUAUUUUAGUGAACCAGGUCCAGAUGAUGACUUUGGAGAAUUUGGGGAUACAAAUGCUGUUUCCUGCCAAGAGGAAGUGACAUUUACCGAGUCAGAACUAAAACAGACUUUUGAUAGUUUAUCAGAGGGAUGUCAGUUGGCAAGAAAGUCUAGUGGGAUAGGCGAUGACCCUGUUUCAAAACUGAAAAAUGGGCAAGAAGGUGAGUUUGGAGAUUUUGAUUCUGUGCCAAAUAUUCAGGACGACAGUAAUGCUUUUCAAGACUCAGAUGAUUUUGCAGACUUCAGUUCAGCUGGUCCUAGCCAAGUUGUAGAUUGGCAUGCUUUUGAAGAUGAACAAAAAGAUCGUUGUUCUUGGGCUGCUUUGGGGGACCAGCAGGCUACUGAAUCUUAUCAUCGAAAGGAAGCCUGGCAGUCACAUAGGACAGAUGAAAAUAUUGAUACUCCAGGAACCUCCAAAACGCACAGUGUCCCUUUAGCAACCUCCAAAGGAGCAGUUGCUAGUGGCCGUUUACAGGAAUCUACCACUUCAAUUCAGACAGCUUUACUAAACCGCCUGGAGCGAAUUUUCGAAGCGUGUUUUCCUUCCAUGUUUGUCCCUGAUGCUGAAGAGGAAGUUACUUCCCUGAAGCACUUGCUGGAAACAAGCACCUUGCCAAUAAAAACAAGAGAGGCCUUACCUGAAAAUAGGGAACUGCUGGAUGUGUGGACAGAGCUACAGGAUAUUCACAAUGCACAUGGCUUGAGAUAUCAGUGGGGCGGCUCCCACAGCAACAAGAAGCUUUUAUGCUCUUUGGGAAUAGACACCAGAAACAUUCUCUUCACAGGCAAUAAGAAGCAGCCGGGGCUUGUGCCCAUGUACGCAGCAGGAUUGGGUAUGUUAGAGCCCACCAAGGAACCACUGAAACCACUAUCUGCUGCAGAAAAAAUGGCUUCCAUCGGUCAGACAGCCGCCAUAUCACCAGAGGUGAACCCAUGUACAUCUGGUCAAUUCCAGGAGUCUCUACCACCCAUCCAGUUUGACUGGAGUAGCAGUGGCCUUACUAACCCUUUAGAUGGUGUGGAUCAAGAGUUGUAUGAGUUAACAACUUCUAAGCUGGAAAUAGCCACCUCAAGCCUCAAAGUGACUGAUGCAUUUGCGAGACUUAUGUCUACAGCAGAGAAGACAAGCACCUCUACCAGGAAACCGAAAAGAGAAGAGCACUUGAGUGAAGAAGCUGUUGAGGUGAUCUCUGGCCUUUCCGACUUAACGUUCGUGCAUGCCAAGGUGUUGAUGUUCCCAGCCACGUUAACACCUUCCACAAGCUCCCAAGAAAAAGCAGACUAAUACCUGAUGUGAAUCGGACACUUCCAAUUGCUUUUCCUCUCCUCCAUCCCUUCUCCUCCAUCAAACGCAUACCUGCUCUAAUUAAA